AUGUCUGUUCUGAAUGGUAAAUGUGACUACUGGUACAGAAAAAAGUCCAUGAUCAAACAGCAUUUAGCAUUGGGUGAUAAGGAAAAUAUGUUGCAUUAUAAUGCAUCCGAGGUAAUACACAGCCACUGUAUUAAAUGACAACGAAUCUACUAGGCGAUUUUACAGUUUUCAUUAGCAACAUAAUCAGAACAUCAUAUCUUUACCUUUUAGUUUGCCAAAGAGUUAAAGAAAAAACAAAAGCGAGUGGAUCAUGUCACCCAAAAUCUUGUGAGAGUUGCACUUGGGGUAUGUGAAAUGAAUUCAGCGGGUUGUCACUUUGAAACGGCUGUGGCCAACCACAUUGCUACUGGAUCAGAUUUAGGUGACAUUGGUCACAGCAGGAAACUCUUUCCUGAUUUACUGAAAGCGAGUGAGAUUUGGUUAGACAAAGAAGUUGAAAAAUUUCUUUGCAGACCAUUAAAAUCGACUGGCAUACCACCGCAUUACUACGUUACUGCUGACAAGGCAACGUUGAAUCGCAUUACAAACCAAGCCAUUGUAAUUGUCACAAUGGUGGACAGUUGCAGAAAAGCCAUUUUGGUAAAGGCUCCCGAAGUCUACUCUAGCCGUUCCGGUGAUGGUGAUGCCAAAGAAAAUGAUGCAUAUGUGGAUGAAGUCUCAGGCUCCCAUGCAGAAGAUUUGGCAAAUGGCAUUGUUGAGUGUAUAAAAGAUCAAUAUUGUGCCGACGUUUUACAAGGUUGGCAAGGAACAUCGUGUGAUGGGCCGUACCAGGCAAAGUACUUUGAAAAAUCGUUAAAUUCAGCCUUAGCACGCACUGAUGACACCUUUGAUGUCGUAGUUUGGGAUCCUCCACCCUGGAUUGAUCUGGCCAUGAAGGAUGUCAAAGAUGGAAAAAUCAGUGAGGAUGCUUCUUCAUAUCUCAACAGAAUUAUCAAGAGAACAAUGAAACUCCACACGAAGUUUAACCGUGGAAAAAUGUUUCAACAAGUUAAGUCCGUUGCCAACCAUAAUGCCUACGGUAAAGAUGUUAAAUUUAAAGUUCUGUCCGGUACGUGUGGAACCAGGUUUAGUACGUCGCAGUACAGUGAGUUCCUCAAACUCACUGAGAGCCUUCCUCUGUAUAUCGAUACAUUCAGAAAGUAUGGCUACGAUGAGGAUGACGAGUACGAAAUCGCAGGAAAAGACUUUGUGGUGGAUCGUCUUGCUUUGACAGAUCUUAUGCGGCCGGCAAUGGUCGACUUACUAGUCAGUCUUCAAGGUUUGUACGUCCCAUCGUGGAAAAUCUGCCUUUGGUGGCCAAAAGUCAGACAACGUAUCCAGAAAUGUAUUCCAAUUUCAUUUGAUUCUCCUGACCUUCCAUUGACAUCAAAUAAUAUAAGAGAUAUCAGGAAAGGGAAAUUUAAGGGAACAAAAGUUGUACCUGGAUGGCUCAAAGUUGAGAAGAAUGUCUCUGAAGAAGUGUCUGAUGGGAAGAAAACUACAACAACUAAAUGGCGUGCUCGAGAUCUUAAGGACUGCCGAGUUGACUUGGAGGUUUUUGUGCCGCAAUGA